CAACAGCCUCGUUUUGAAUUUACAAUUUAAAAAUAUUAAUUUUGAAAUUAGAUAUUUCACGCUUUAUAUAGUUGUGCGUGAUUCAAACACUUUGGAGCUGUAGUGCUAUAUCCAAAGUCUUCCCAGGAAUUAUGUGGGCAUCCAAAGAAUUGUAUGAUCGAUUAUUAGACAAUUGGGAGCAGUCCGAGACUAGUAAUGGUAUUCCAUACUAUCUUAACCACAAAACUGAAAGGACUCAAUGGGACCAUCCAUUUUUUGUUAAGACUUUAGAAGAAUUAGAUGACUUCAACAAUGUUAGGUAUGCUGCCUACAGGACUGCAUUGAAGUUGAGGUUUAUACAAAAAAGAUUAUGUUUGGAUCUGUUGGACAUACAUACCAUCCAUGAAGUGUUUGAAGCCAGGGGAAUCAAGGAUGAUGAAGACCCUGUAUUGGACAUUUCAGAAUUGACUGAUAUACUCAACCAAAUGCUGUAUGAUGCUAAACUUGGCUAUAAGAAUCUUAGGCCUGAUCAGGCCUCUGAUUUAUUGCUCAACUGGAUUCUUAAUUUAUAUGAUAUGAAAAGAACUGGAUGUAUCCGAGCUCAGUCUGUCAAACUUAGCCUUAUUGCCUUAUGUAGUGCGAGGCUGGCAGAAAAAUACAAAGUGUUCUUCCAUCAACUGUCCGAUCACAACAACCAUGUUAACAAGAAGAAAAUGACUGCAUUUCUAGUAGACCUUAUGAGGAUCCCAGAUUUGAUAGAUGAGAGUCGUGCCUUUGGAGGUCUUAAUGUGGCUGCUGCAGUUGACAACUGUUUUGACAGGGCUUGGAGUAGUGUGGGCGUGUCUCAGGAGUCAUUCAUUGAUUGGCUGCUAAUGGAGCCCCAGACAUUGCUAUGGUUACCCACUAUGCAUAGAUUAGCAGCUGCAGAGUCUUCCAAACAUGAAUCAAAGUGCAAUAUUUGUAAAGCUUUCCCAAUCAUAGGAUUUAGAUAUAGAUGUCUAAAAUGUUUCAACUAUGACCUUUGUCAGAACUGUUUCUUCACUGGGAGAUGUUCCAAGAAACAUAAGACCAGCCACCCAACUCAGGAAUACUGCCUUGCUACAUCAUCUAAGGAAGACACUAAAGCAUUUCUAAAGACUGUGAGGAACAACUUGAGCAAAAAGCAUUUGAACCCAAAUAAGCAGAGAUAUCUGCCAAUCAAACCAACAACAAAUGGCAAAAAUAAUAAGUAUGUACCGCAAGUUUCUGAUGAAGAUGUCCACAAGGCCCUGACUAAAGCAGCUUCUAAGCUGGCAGAGGCAGAGCUAGAUCCCCCUGUAGACACAGUGGAUGCAGACCUGUAUUAUACUGAACCGCCUCCUGUCAUUAAGACAUCCCCAGCACAAUCUAAUAGCCACCAUACAUCUAGGGAACAGCAUGCUUCUAUGGACAGAGAGCAAAGAGAACUAGAGGGAAUGGUUUAUCACUUGGAGGAGGAAAACAAGGAACUCCUUCAAGAGAUCGAGAAUCUUUAUCAUAUAAGACAAGAGCCUGAAAACUCUGAAUCGGAUAGGACUGAGCUACUGGAACAGGAGAAUGAGACAUUGGCUGUUAAACAGGACAUACUAGAAGAGCAUAAUGAGAAGUUGGAGAACCAAGUUAAACAACUCAUAACACUUGUAAAAAAACUUAACGUACCAAGUCCCGAGGGGAGUCCGGACAAUUCAACUUCUCAAACAGGAUCCUACAAUGUACAACCAUCAGCCUAUACAAGUCCUGGUGUCAUAUCUAGACCACAGAGAUCAUCUGUCCGGCCACCUGCUUAUGCUAGUCCCAAUCCCAGCUUUGAAAUGCCUGAUACGUCCCCACGUAGGCCACAUGUGUCUCAAGGUCCUAUGAAGGAUAUCUCUAAUCUACAAGGUGUUGAAUCUAGGCUACAAUCUCCGCCUGUUAAGCCUGUGUCUCAGCCUUCCACAUACCAGCCUCUUCCCUCCAACCAUGCUACCCCUCACAAUCUCAGAGACAUUGUUCUGAAUCGAAAUAUUACAGGAACACAGCCAUAUCUGUCUACAACUCCAACUCCCCAUAGAAAUCUUACCCUACACCCUAGUAGCGUAAUUCACUCGCAACCCAGCAUGUGGUGGGAUUCUGUUGGACGUUCUUUGCAGCAAACACCUAAUUCACAAAAUAUGAGUCCCACAAAUGAAAUCUCUCCAAAUAGCUAUAUGCAUAGUGAUGUAGAACAUCCAAGACAUAAUUCCUCAAAAUCUGAUACAUUUCAAGACUUUGGGGAUAGCAUGUUUGACUCUACAAUGAAUCCACUCAGUCAAACCCACUUCAGUCUUCCUUCAUUUGACCAGACUCAGAAUUAUGCAGAUGAGGAGGCGGAGCUUGAAGCAAUGAUUGCCAGACUUGACUCUGCCUACCCAGCUAAUAUGUCAAGAUCCAUCCUCUCAACCCCAGGGGGUCUUGAUCGCGGUAUUACUGAUGCAGCAGGGAGAAUAGGAGAUGCUAUGACAGGACUGGUUGGCCAUGUAGGCCAUAAAUAGAAUAGUUUUAAUGUACUGUAAACCUAGGAAGUUUUGGGUUGCUUUUUAUAAUUUUCCCAAUUUUUGAAAACAGCUUAUCAUAUAUAUUAUUUACUGGAAUCUGGAAUUCACUAUACUAGUGAAUUAAAGAUGUGUUGGGAAUUUUCCAGGAUAUUGCAGUUGAUAGUUUAGUUCAACC